AAAUUAAAGGGAGAAACGAAACCAACGGUGUUGAUAAACUCCAUUUUUACAUCUGAGUCGUCUCCUUUCUGCUCUCUUCUCCAGCGUCCGAUCCCCUCUCUUUCUUCCCCAAUCCUCUCCAUCUAAAGCCUCUCCCUCUCUCGCGCCCUUUUACAAAUCACCAACUCUCCCUCACUCGCUCUACCAGGGUUUUGGACAUGGCGGCCGAGGCACCGGCGAGUCCUGGCGGUGGAAGCCACGACAGCGGCGACCAAAGUCCGAGAUCGAACGUUCGUGAACAGGAUAGGUAUCUUCCGAUCGCUAACAUUAGUCGGAUCAUGAAGAAGGCGCUUCCUGCGAACGGCAAGAUCGCUAAAGAUGCUAAAGAGACCGUGCAGGAAUGUGUUUCUGAGUUCAUCAGCUUUAUCACCAGCGAGGCCAGUGAUAAGUGUCAGAGAGAGAAGAGAAAGACGAUUAACGGUGAUGAUUUGCUUUGGGCUAUGGCAACUUUAGGGUUUGAGGAUUAUAUUGAUCCGCUGAAGAUUUAUCUGACUAGAUAUAGAGAGAUGGAGGGUGAUACUAAGGGUUCUGCUAAGGGUGGAGAUUCGUCUGCCAAGAAAGAUGUUCAACCAGGCCACAACCCCCAGCUUGCCCAUCAAGGUUCUUUCUCACAAGGUGUUAGCUAUGGAAAUUCCCAACCGCAGUCACAUAUGAUGGUUCCUAUGCAAGGCACAGAGUAGACAUCUGCAGUCGCAUCACAACCACCAAUUACAUAACUUAAAUAUCAUUAAAGAUCUUGCCUGGUGCCCUCAACAUAUAUGGUAUUGUAGGUCACCAUAUAUAUCGUAUUGUAUUGAACCAUUAAUCUGAUUUGAACCAUUUACGUUAUGAGUAGUUCUGGUCCAUCUGUUGAGUGCAUUAUUUUUCUGGUUAGUUUUGUAAAUUUUUCGUUCUGAAUAGCAUGACCAUUUGAAGAAUUUUUGUAUAUCUUGGAACUAUUUAUUUCUGUAAUUUAUAGUCCAGGCAAUUGGAAAGUAACUUUGGUUUA